AUGAGUCCUCCAAAAUUCUUCCACACUUGUUUACCAUUUCUCUUAUUAUCUGUCCUCCUCCAAACAAACCCCUCACAACAACUUGAUUGCGUCUUUACCCCACAGUUCACGGUACGUGUCACGAACAACCUGCCCCUAUACACGGGGCCGUUGCGUCUGCAUUGUGCAUCUAAGGACGACGACCUUGGGUUUCACUCGAUUUCCCUGUUCGGAGAGUUCAAGUGGUCGUUCUGCGAUAGAUUCGUGGGGGAUACUCUCUUCUUCUGCCAUCUGUGGUGGGAUGCAAGAAACGGGACGAAAACCAAACAGUUUGAUGUGUUCAAGUCGGAGUGGUCGCCUAGAUGCGUCAGCCGAGUGUGUAACUGGGCAGCCAAUGAAGAUGGCGUCUACUUCACAGGCUACAACCCUCCACAACAAUGGCAGAAAAGAUAUAACUGGGAGAAUGAGGCCAUCUGA